GGAGGACAUUCUCUUUGUUAAGUGAACAUUUGUCCGAUCAUUAACCUUGAUUUUGCCCAUAAUUUGUCUCGGGAAAAUUCACAGCUUGCAUUCCAUGCCGAUACGAAAGGGAGAGUAUCGGUUUAAAGCCAUUCCACUUUUAUUGGAGACCCAUCGACCUCGACGUACAAAUGCGAAGACCAAGAUACUGUAUGGAGUACACUCAUAUACGCCAUCACCGAUCUCCGCCUGUCACAAUGGUUCUGCAUCUCCCCUGUGUUUGCCUCGCUCUUGCCUUCCAGCCCUUACACCCUAAUGUCUCGGUACAGCACUACAACAGAACAAGCGUUGUCAGCAUCUACUACCACUUUAACUUUGGUGGACAUCCUGUGUCUAGGUAUGGGAAUACCAACUCCAGAAGUAUUGAACGCGAGCGCCUAUCAUUCGUCACAUUCCCGGGAGCAGCCACCUGCGGUAGCAACUGAGCAUGAGAUCGAGUCUAGCUUCAAGGCUACAAUCUAUUGUUCUUUCACCAAGUAGUGUGGUCAUCCAGAUAUUCUUCACCCUCUCUCGAAUCGGCCUGCGAGGCUUGUGUUAAAGAUGGGUGCGCCAACCCAUAUUUUGGGAGCGACGACUUUCUUGGCAGAGUGGAAUCCACUGCCAAUAACAAGCUAGCCUCCUGUAUGGAUUCGGCACCUUUGACAGUCGAGGGCUGCCAGGAAGGGCUCAGACGUGCAGCAAGCUAUGUUGGCAGCCAAGUAGCCUUAAAAGGUGACCGGGCGUGUGGAGGCUUCGUUAAUAUAGCAAAGGCGAAAGGCGCGGAGGCGGGGGCUAUUACACAUAAUCGUGCCCACGGGAUCAUAGAGGAU